AUGCAGCCCAUUCAGCCGACCGCUGCACCUCCCCAAUGGGCUCAGAUCAGCUUCGACGACGGCUUCGACCUCAACCUCGAUGCAACUUCCUCCUUGGCUGGUCCCGCUUCCACUGCACCAUCAAUCCAGUCCCCGGCCAUCCCAGAUCGUUCCAUCCCAGAUGCACCACAAAACCGCUUCUCCGCAAGUCCGGCUUCGUCCAACAAGGCGCUUCCCCAGCUGCCAUCAACGGCCACCGCCAUGCCCGCUUCGGUUGGUGUGCCGAGCACGGUACAUGCGCGCCUGCCCUCGGCACACUCCCAGGAUGCAGCAACAGCAACAACUCCAAAGCCUCCAGGCACCCCGCAGGCGCACCUCCAUCCUUCCCCCAUCGUCACCGCUGCCACGCCCGAACAGCCCACCAACCGCAACUUUGACGCCAUCCAACCCCCACCGCGUCCCGUCUCCUCCGCCGACGCCUACAUGCAUCCCAUCGAAACCCUCCAGUCCGACACCAACAGCCGCCCAGGCACCGCAAUGAGCAACCUCAGCUCCGCCAACGGCAUCAACCCACCAACCACCAAUCGCAGCAGCUUCGGCACCGCCACCACCUCCACCACCACCAACGCACCCUUCAACCAGCCAAAACGCGCCUCUGUGCUCUCCUUCCAGACCGCAAACAGCGCAGGUUUCACAAGUGCAGACGAAGCAAAGAGCUCCGACCGCGAACACCUCGCAGACCAAACCUUGGUCGCCGCACCCGCCACUUCCUCGGCUCUGCCCAUCGACGCCGCCCAACCCAUCCGUCCAUGGCUCGACCGCAACACCUCCGGCUACGGUUCGUCGCCAGACGAGCGCUCCUUCCCAGGCGGCCUCCCCGGCUCCUUUUGGGACGAACCCGUCGCACGUCCACCGCACACCACAGCAGUCCUGCCAGAACAGCCAGCGCCACAGCCCUUUCUCGCCGUCUGUCCCCCCGCGCCCCCCAAUCACAACCCAGCAGCGGCUGCACCGGCCCAUGCCGACGAUACAUCGAGUACACAGAUCGGCCCGGCGGAUGCAAGCCUCGCACCCAUCAACACGCACGGCCUGGCUCCAUCCUCGCCUAACGCUCCUCUGUCGUCCACCACCAUCGCCGCCCCAUCCGACGAAACCACCCAGGCCGCACGCCAGUCCCCCGACGUCGCCAAGGCGUCUGUCAGAGAACUCGAGCCCAUCUCCGAUCUCGACGCGCCACCGCCGCCUGCCAAGGACGCCCGUAUCGACGACAACGCAAGCCCCGCCCCCGCCGACAACCUCAUCCCACCGCCCUUGCCUACCGACGCAGCAGCCAACGCUCAACCCGCCAUCAACCUGCCCGCCCUCCAGCGACCCGUCUCCGACUAUCGCAAAAAGCCACUCGCACACAUCUCGCCCGCUCAGAAAGCUGCCGGUCUCGCACACCUUCAGUCGCAGGCAAAGGCGCCCACCAAGCAGCCGAGCCGCGACAUGCCCUCCAACGCACCUCCCACCGCUCCCCCCACGGAAGCACCGCCCAUCGUCAUGAUGGAGCGCGCACGACGCAAGUCGACCGCCAGCCUCACCGCCAACGUCGCGCUUGCACAGGCCGCGGCCGGCGUGCCCAACCUCGCCCAAGAUGGCCUCGCCGACACGCCCGACACGCCGAGUGCAGAGAGCGCGUCUGCGGAAUCCAGCGCGCCUCCCGACGGCGAGGUCGAGGCACGCGCAGAGUGGGAGCGUCGCAGAAUCAAGCGCAAAAACGGCAACAAGAACAAAGACUCGCAAACCCAAAACAAAGGCCGCUCAGAUACCUUCAAGAGCCAGCUCCGGCCGCUCCAGCUCGUGCCCGCCGACAACGUGACUGCCUUCUCCGACCGCAACGCCGCCACCGCCGAUCGACACAGCAUCGCAGUCGCCAACCGCACCGCCAACGCCAUCGCUCCGGCUACGUCCGAUGCGCCCGCACCAGCAGCUGCGGCCUCGGCACAGACCACCUACAGCACCCAGCAGCUCCAGAGGCUCCAGGCACGCGAGCAGAGGAGGAGCGUCGGUGCCUUUAGCGCCGCCAUGGCCGCUGCCAACGUCGUUUCCAGCGGAAGCAACGGGCCCUAUCCCGUCUUUGCUUCGCCCAACUCGGGCCCACAGAAGGUCGGCGCGCGACAGUAUCCCGGUCUCAUGGCACAGCGCAGCCUCGUGCCGCCGUUUGAGCUGCAGCAUCGUCCCGACGGCCUCCCCUCGGGCAUGAUCGGCCCGGACGGCGUGCGAAGGAGCAUCAACGACCCCGAGGUGUGUCUCGAGUGCAUGAUGCGCGACGAAGACAUGAUCGACAUCCGCGUCGUCGGCGACGGCGUCUGGGAACGCGAGAGCGACAAGGACUUCCAAGAAGCCGUCAGGCAGGAGGCCGAAGACGCCGCCAGCGGGCCAGCCUCGCACGGCAUGAGCGGCAGCAGCGGACACGCAGACAGCCUCACCAGCCACCGCGACUCGCGCCAGUCGCGCAAAGCGCGCAAGAGGAUCGGCAAGGGCGAGCCGCUCACCGUGGAGCGCCUCAAGCUCCACACCCAGAUGAACCCGCCCGCCUCAUCGUUCCGAUGGCGUACGCUGCAGACCUUCCUGGCGGUACAGGCCAAGUACAUCGCCAUGGAGCAGCAGAGGAUGCGCCUCGAGGUCGACAAGAGGGCGCGCCACAACAACGACAGCGUCAGCAGCCGUGGCAGCUUUGUCGCCGACUCACCCGUGGCCGCGGGCGUGCUCUCUUCGCCCUUUGCGCCUGCGCGCGACGCCUCGUCACCUCAACGCCAGUCCAUCCUCUCCACCUCGGUCGACGACAGCACUCUCACGCCGCUGCAGAAGCAGGAGAAGGAGCGCGACGUCGCCGCGGCGCAGGCGGCGCGCAAGAAGAUGACCGUCGGCACGACUCCGCCAAUGGCCCCGACGCCGCCGCUGGGCAUGCCGGCCUACUCUGUGACGCCUCUGCAGACGCGCGCAGCUCCCCAGUCCAUCCCUGCCCGCGUCGGCUCGGAUCCGGACGGUGUGCUGGGCGGCGCAUCACCCGUGGGCGGUGUGAGCAUGACGCCCAGCAGCAGUCGUCGUGUGCCGUUUGCCUCGGCACCCACUGCGCGCGCGGCGAGCGCGCAGGAUCUUCGGUCCAUGGCUGACGGGCAACGAUCGGCAGGAUAUCCGGCCAGCCCGGACAGUUUGAUGCCUCCGUCGAGGUCGGUCAUGGGCACGUCGCCCACGGGCACGCCGUCGCGGCUGGCGGCGCGCUCGGGAGCGUCGCAGCUGUCGCUCAUGCACAGCGGGUCGAUGAUCGACAUGCACGUCGCGCAAGAAGACCGCGCCGAGCAUCGGAUCAAGCAAAACGGCUUUUUGCCAGGCACGCCGCUGGCGGUGGAAUCGCCCGCCGCCAUGAACCGCUCCUACUACGGCUUUCCCGGCGACGGCGACUCGUCGCUGCCGGAUCCGGCGGCGUUUGAGCGGUCGCGCAUGGUGUCGGGCGACGGCUACGUCAACCCCAUGCAGGCUGGACCGCGCGGAUUGGAUGCGGACCAUGACGACAACAAGCGCAAGAAGAAGGGCCUCCGUGGGCUGUUCUCCAAGCUGACCGGCGGCAGUGCGGCGGGUCGCGAGAAUUCGACUGGCGGUAUGGGGGAUGGCAGCAUCAACGGUAGUGUUGCGAGUCGCAAUGCGAGCCGACGCUCGCAGGCCUCGGACAGCUCCAAGCCGCGCAAGUUUUCGUUUAGCGCCGAGCGUUCGCUGGAUACAUCGGGCGCUGCGGCGAGUCCGAACGGUAUGCUCAGCCGAGCACACAGAUCGACCUCGACGUUCUUCCGCAACGGCGCCGAGCCCGAUGUGGAAGCUGCCAAGCCGCGACAGCCGAGCGCGGGCAACUCGAACACGCCCUUCCAGAAUCCACCGGGCAUGACGAGCCAGGGCAGUCUGGACCUCGGACCGUUCCAGCCGGCUUCGCCGCAGGCCAAUGCGUUUGGUGCGGCCAACGGCAGUGCGGCGAGGAUGCGCAAGGCGUCGAACCCGCUCAUGCAAAAGUACCUCAGCUCGCCCUCGCCCCAGACGCAGGCUUCGCCGGUGCCGAGCUCGGUGCCGACGUCGCCGGUAGAAAGGGUUGCUGUGCAUCCGAGCCAACGCGAUGCGAGGGUGUCGGGUCUGCAGCCCAUUCCGGACGGCGAGCAGGUGGGAGACGAGUACGAGCCACGCCAGUCGGUGCGCUCGAGCGGCAGUGCGAGUGUGCGCAAGGAGCUGCCCGCCAUGCCGACGCUCGGAGGCCGGCCGAGCAUGGACAGUGGCGGGCCCCAGCGGCCGCCGCGCAAUCCGCGCCGGCCCGAGGGUGCGCUCAACUCGCCGAGCCUCGUGGAUCUCAGCAACAAUGGCGGCGGAGUGGGGCAGGUGCGACGCGAGUUCCCGCAGCCGAGCCGGUACGAGUCCGGUUCGUAUGCGAGCGUGGCGUCGCGCGAGAGCGAGACGAAACGGUCGCGCUUCCGACUGCCGUUUGGGCGCAAGAAGCGCGAGUCGACGCUGGGCGAGCCUAAGCCAUCGAUUGUGGUUGGCGGUGCGGAAGAGGACGGGGUGCGGGGUGGGUUGUUCCCCGCGCUUCGCACACGCAAGAGCUACGGCGGCCUAGGCGUUCCCAAAGCGAGCUUUAGCACCGAGAGACAGCGCGUGUUAUCGUCGCCCUCGCACGAUAUGGCAACGUUGCCGCCACGCAGUCAGAGUGCGUUUGGCAUGGCGCCCACGCAGCGCUUCAUGUCGAUGGACUUGCCGCGUCGCUCGAUGAACGUCGGUCGUGCCGACCAUCGACUGAGCACAGUCGGGUACGAGGAGGAGGAUGAGGAUGACGAGAUGGAGCGCGAGCCCGGAUACGAGGCCGAGUUCAACCGGUACGCGCAGGAGGCGGCGGAGGAGAGGUAUGUCAAGCCGAGGGAGGCCAGUGCGGGCGGCCAGAGCUUUGGCAGGAAGAGCCUCAACUUGCUGCGUGACCUGCGCAUGCCGCUCGGCCUUGUACGAGCCGGAGAAGCGGAUAGGAACGGCAGCAGGAUUCUCGACACUACCACCCGCCAUCUGCCCAACACUCGACGACCCGGAACACUCUCGUCGACCACGCACAGCUUGGACCCCAGAGCUGGCAUCCGCUCCACUGCAGCACGCACUCAUCGUACAGCAAAGCUCUGCAACGCUGCCCAUCCCAGCACAACGCACGAUCUGCACAAAGGUACCCGCUGUACGUUGGCCAUCCACGAUCGAACAAACAGCUCGUAUAAUCGUGCAGACGACAUCCAGGACCAAGAUCAACUUGCGAGUCAGCAUAUCGCCCACCAAGACAGCCGCAGAUUGCACCGUCCAGACAUGGCGCCCAAGGCGCUGGCGAGCGAUGCCAAGAUCGUUGUGGCCUCGACGGACGAGCUGCAGGCGCACUUUGACGAGCUGCACGCCGAUCUGCACCUGGCCGAGACGGAGCAUACGUGGCACAAGAUCGAGCAGUCGCUGCUGUACAUCCAAGCCAUCACGCGCGGUGGCGCCACCAAAUUCGCCGACUUUGUUCCACUCAUCAAAGACGCAGCGGCACCGAUCAACGGAGCGCUGCUGAGCGAGCGUACGAAGCUGUCCGGCACGGCGGCGGAUGUGCUCAACUCGAUCGCACCGCGACUUGCAGAGCGGUUCGAACCGCUGGUGGCCGUGUUUGUUCCGACGUUGCUGCAGAUCUGCGCGCGCACCAACAAGGUGGCGGUCAAGAGGGCGGAAAAGUCGCUCCACUUCAUCGUCAAGCACUGCAGACCCGUGGCGGUGGUGCCGCUGCUGCGCGAGGCGCUCAGGGAUAAAGGCUCGGGUCUGCGCGCGGUCGCUGCAGGAACGUUGGUGGCGGUGCUAGAGUGUACAGACAGGGAUAGGCUGGGUAGGAGGGUGGCGGAUGUAGAGGCGGCGAUAAGAAGCGGUGCGACAGAUUCGAAUGCAGAGGUGAGGCAGAUCAGCAAGAGGCUCUUCGAGCACUAUGUCGCCCUGUGGCCGGAAAAGGUCGAGGCGUUCACAAAGCCAAUGACCCCUACGAUUCGAAGGUACCUCGCACUGCCAAAGACAGGUGCACUGGUCGUGGACGUCCCAACACCACAACUCAAGGUGCAGGAAGCCGUAAGGGUAGCACAACCACCACCACCACCACCACCGACGACGACGCAGCCAACAUCGCAGUACAACUUUUUCCCGGACCUCCAUCGUGCUCCUGCCGCCUCGACCUCGCGAGGAUUCAGCGUGAACGAUGCGACGUAUGCCAAACGCGGGCUGUUUGCGGAUCAGAUUGCGGCAGCACGUAAUGCGCGAUUGGCCCGCAUGCCCUCGUUCAACUUUGACGACAGGCUGGUCGACGCCGCGGCCACGACGGCCAUCAAGCGGCAGCCGAGCUUGGAGCAGCGGCGGGGCGACAUCAACUCGAGCACGCCUGGAUUCGCGACGACGGGCGCGCACGGUAAGAGUGUGCUGCUCGCAGCGUACAAGCAGGCGUUUGUCGACCAGCACUCUGCUUCAUCGCGGGACAAGUCGCGCGACAGGGAGCGCAAGCACGCCGACCGGAAGCGCGACAAGACAGUCGUGCGGUUCGAGCGCGACACGCUCGAUGCCCCACACCCGGCAGAGGAUGAGAUGCGCAGGUCCAAGUCCGCGCCGCUUAUCCCCGCCGCCGAGGCGGAAGUGAUUCAUGAUCCGUCGACGCCCACGGAGAGUGGAGAGGAUCGGCCGAUUACGCCGCCGCAGCGGGUGGUGCAGACACCCCGUACGGCGGUCAAGGCGAGCAGAGUGCCGGCGCAGCGCGUCGCCGCUUCGGCCGUCAAGGUGUCCGCAGCGAGGGUGGUCGUCCCCACGCCCUCGGCCAAGGUCGCAGCCACCAGGGUGGUCGAGGCGGCGUCGGUCGAGGCGAGUCCUGUGCCCAAGGCGAGGCAGGCAAAGACGCCAGAGCAAGCCAUCCAGCCCGCUGCAGCCAAGCCCAGCGACGAUAAGGACCCCAAGGCACCGGUCAAGAAGGCCGUUCCGGUGCCAAGCACGACCCCUCGCGAGGCGAUCAAAGCUUCAAAGUCGACCGAGAUGGCGAAAAUCGCCUCCAAACCUGUCGCUCGUCCAGCAGUCAAGAAGGCGGUACCAACCAAGCCGGCUGCACCAGCCAAGCCCACCACCACCACUGCACCCGCAAAGACCGUUCGACCGGUUGCUGUGAAACCUCCAGCCCCCGCCCCGAGCAGUGCUGCGAUGGCACGCGCCAAGCUGGCAGCCGCCAACCGGCUCGCCUCCACCACCACCGCGCCGAAAAAGCCCGAGGGUGGUGGGGUUCGGAUAUCGACAGCAACAGCAUCUACCGCCUCGACGCGCAACAAGAUCGUCCCCUCUGCGGCCGUGAAAAAGUUCACCCCCAAGGCCACUCCAGCGGUAGGCGUGGGGGUGAGGCGCGCAAAGAGCUCGAUUGCCGAGUCGAUCGCGGCCAAGAGCAAGAUCGUGGGUGCACAGCAAAAGGUGAGCGACAAGACGGUGGCGGUGCGAAAGGCGAGGGUCAGCGCGGCGCUCAAGAUGCAGAGAAGAGCGUCCGCCGUUGCGGCCACUAAGGUAUCAACCGCGACCUCCAACGCAGCAUCCACCGCUGCACCCACCCCAGCAUCGAAGAGGGAGGAAGCAGGGCAGGAGGAGAAGAAGGAGAAGAAGAUUGUGGAGGAGAAGGCGGUGGUGGGUACACCGAUGCAGUCGCCCAUCAAGACGGCUGCACCGGGUGGCAGCACGCGCACUCCACUCGGCGCCAAGGAUCCCAACGUCCCCUCGACUCGUUCCACGCCGCUCAAAUCGCCGCUGCGACCGACUCCGCGCUCCGUCACCGCCCUUCGUGUGCUCGACGUCAGCGUUGUCGACAGUAGAAGCGAGCGACCAACGCCGCUCGUAGCCGCACCUCGUGUGCUCGACGUCGAGGUCUCCGACAGCGAAAGCGACGACACUCGCUCGACUCGACCCACGCUCGAAUCUCCGUUGCGGUCGACCCCCCUACGCUCAAGCGCACCUCGCAUGCUCGACGUCAAUCUCUCUGACAGCGAAAGCGAAAGCGAGAGCGGUGGGGAGGAGGUGGUUCAGCUCACGUUGGGCUCGAAACAGCUCGUGCUCGGUCCGGACUCGGCGAGCAGCGAUGCCUCGUUUGGCGCAAGCCCAGAUGACGAGACUGUAGUGCUCGAGGCCGUAGCCGCCUUGUAA